AUGCUACCUGCGUAUCUUGAAGCGGGUUAGUCUUAGUUUCUUCUGCUGAAGCUUUUCUGUUUUACGUAAAAUAAUUCUUGAGACAACAAGAGGAAAAGAGAUCUAUUCCUGUGGUUUGAUGCUGCACCUGUGAACGUUGAUCCAAAGGGAUAUGCUGUCAAUAGGAAAAGGAUUGAGUGUCCUAUAGCUUGGUAGUGAAGAACUGGCUCUUGACAGCAGUGGAGAGAACUGAACUGCUCCUGCACACGCAGGGUGAUUGGUAAGAGGGGUUGGCCCAUGUUGCUGGCAGUUCAUAGAAACAGUCUCUGGGAGUAGGUUCACGGUCAAAGUGCUGGUAUUUGGUGAGGUUGAUCCAAGUGCAGGAAUAGUUUGGGGAUGACAAACAGGUUUUUGGCUGCGUUACCUUGUUAUCGGGGGGUGGAAAACGUGCUGUAACUAAAGCCAACAGAAGCUUUUUGUUGUAUCCACAUGUAUGUCCCUAGUCAUCGUCAUGGGCUCAGAAAGGCAGGAGGGGUGGGAUGAGAUGAGAAAAGACAGCAAAAGGUUGCUGUCGAUGGAGAACAUCCACCUUUUCUGCUUAAAAGAAUGCUGAAUACGCUAUUACUUCAUUUCAAAUGCAAGCAUACCUGACCUGUAGGAAAAUAAUGAUUUUAAAGAACAAAACAACACCUAGUCAUGUACCCAUCUGGGUUCUUUGCCAUGUUUUUGACUCUGAAGCAUUGGCAGGCAGACACCGUCUCCUUGUGUGUACAGUGUCACCAAAACCUAUUUAAAAUCCUAUUUUCCUCAUUCCUGAAACCUCCUAACCUGGUUGACUCGUCGGAGUACAUUUCAUGCAUUCCUAGGAGCUGGGCUGCAGGAAACGCCUAGUUCAGUCGCAGCUAGAGGCUAGAGAGCAGUAGGGAGUUCAUGAACACUCCCUGCCUCCUCCCACCAUCGCUGCAGACAGCACGCAUCCACGCAGCGAGAGAACCGCAGGCUCCCUGGACACGGCUGCCGGACUGUCCAGCAUGAGGACAGCCUUCACCAGAGGCACUCAAUGGAAGGCACUAAGUGAAGGCACGAAUUAUCACUGAGGAUGGAAGAAACCAGGGAAAAUGCUGCCAAUCUGAGCCAAAGCAAACAGCCUGUGAAAACAGAAUGGGGGUCGCAGUGUGUUGUAUUUACUUACUUCCAUGGGGACAUCAACAGUGUGGUCGACGAACACUUCUCGAGAGCUUUGAGCAAUGUCAAGAGCCCGCAAGACCUAAGCACGAAGCACAAAGACCUAAGAAAAGAUAGCAUGUCUCCCCAGCCCUGGAAUUUCUCUUCUCACUGGACCAAGCCAUAUCAGUCCUCUCCUGCUACAAACGUGUCUCCUUCUGGUCUGAAUUUGUCUGCUGCUGCCGUGCAAGCCGACUACCAGCCGCCCGUUCUGCAGAGUCAUCCGACUCAGCCUGCAGACUUAUGGCACUUUCCUGCUAUAGGCAAUCCAGGCCUCGUGAGCUCGGGACAUCACCACUCCUUUCCUGACUUGCAUGUGAUGCAAGCACCAACCUCUGGUGGGAAAUAUGGUUCUCUCCUUGGUCUCCUGCAACAGGAAAGGUGUCCAGCACCUAGGCAGGACCCUGUCAUGAAGCAAGACUCCAGCCCUGCCUGUAUGGCUGGAUCUGCCAGGUUACCAAACACGAGUCAAAGUUUAACUCCUGGGGAAGGUAAGGAAAUAUUUACUGCCACUUCUGCCCUGAUGAUUCCCCUGCCUGGGAAAGAUAGACUGUGCCUCAAGGUGACAAAAGCAGGCUUGUUUGGCUUCAUCCCUCUAGCUCAAAGCCUUGGGCUGAAAGUGUUUCCAACAGGCCAUCAAUCGUAUGUGGGACUUGGGAAUUUUGGGCAAUGCAGUGUGGACAGAAAAAUCCAUCCUGUGCACUGCCUUGCACGGCUCCUUACUGCUGGUGUUACAAAAGGUCGAUGGCAAAUAUUUAGCGUAAACUAUAACCUGUUUGGGGCACUGCUAGAAAUAACCAAGUGCUCCACAGAGCCCUUCCUGCCAGUGGCUUUCAAACCAGGUGAGGAGCCGCCCCAAGCGCAGAUGGAAGAUGAUGACAAAGGGGUGGAAUGUCGAGAGAUCGUCUGAGCAACCCGGCCGUUGCGCAGGGCCUUAAUUAUACUCUGAAUAUAGUAACAGAAACCACAGCACCCAUGAAAAACACGUCCACGCACCUCGAGGUUUAUUUCCCUCCCCUGGCCAUGCCCGUCUCCCAGCCAGGCCUGGGGUUCCACAGAAUGAGUCUGUCCUUUGUUCCCCAUGUUAACGCUUUAAAUCUGCAAUGAUCUAUACAGCACACUCUUUAGGGAGAGCAGUUUGCACGGAGCUUGUGACAGCUUCCAGCACACCCAGCCACCGGGCAAACCUGGUCCUCGUUUCAUCACUGUUUGUAAUGCCUGUGGGCUGGGCCCACAGUGAAGACGGGGGUCCUCUACCCCAGGGAGUUUGCAGUCCAGGUGGCAACUAAACUGAAUCACCCACUGAGCCAGAUCUAAGGAGCUCAGCCUGCUUCACAGGGACCCGCAUCAGCACAGCUGUGCCUAGCUGGCACCACUGUCUAAACAUACCCAGGACUGAACAGGCAUAUGGAUGCUAGACUCCCCUCUUACAUAAGCAUUCAGGGUCCCAAGGGGACAGAUUUGCUGCUUCCCAGCCACCUCCAGUCCACCUCUGGCAGAGGAUCUCAAAACACUUUUCACACUUUGUGAAAUCAUCAUACCUGCCUGGCCACAUCUGUUUGUGGGCAAACAGGGAAACUGAGGCAGGGAUUUCUGAGCUCUCACUGACCAAGCCCUGUGUGCACCCAAAUUCCCUCCAGUCGCCUAUAACGGCCCAGGAAGCUUGAAUCCUGGCUCUUACCAGCAGAUCUCUCUCUCCAGGCACGUUUUUAACAACCGUUAUUUACAUUUAUAAAAAAAAUCCCAAAAACCAGAGUGGGCUGCAAAAGCACAAGGUUUCAUGCAGAAACAGCCUGCACGAAGACUGCUUUUAGUUCUGUGCUGUGGCAGCAGCAUCUUCUCUGAUUGUUUUUUCUUGUGGUUUU